AUUAGCUGCCAAGUGUGUCAGUGCAACAAUCAUGUCUCUGUGGACUCCGUACGCCGAGGCGCCACUGGAUCUCACCAAGCCGGUCAAGUCGGAGCGAUCGCCCGCGCCGUCGUCGCCUUCAGAGCGGUACUACUACAACCCAGUACUAGACGUGCACCAGCCUAGUUACUACCCGGGCUACCAUCCUCAGCCGGUGCUUUACGCGCCGUGCGCGCAAAUAUCGCCCGUCUCCGCCGGGAGCACUUGCUCUGGCUACGAAGCGGGAACUCCGAUGUAUCCGCGACCUGUGCCGCUGUCGCCGCCGGACUCUCCCGCGUCGAAAAUCGACUACAACAUCGACGCUGACGUUCUGUCUGAUGAUCCUGACUUCCAAGCGUUCGAGCGGGACGCGAUGCGAGCGAUGGCCGAGAAGAACGGAGGGACGCUGCUGGGGAAUAACCCUCGCAUGCGUCGCGCUGUGCUCACGAGUCAGGCAGUCGACGACACUUAUAGAAAACAGAGGGAGAGGAACAACCUCGCUGCCAAGCAAAGCAGGGACAGAAGGAAGCUGCGUGAGAUCCACCUAGCUCUGAAAGUGGCGUUUUUGAAGAACGAAGUGGGAAAGAUGAAAGCGAUGCUUGCCGGUAAAACAUGUGUCACCUGCUCCCGGUCCUUCGACAGUUAACUGACCGAAUUAACGUAUAAUAUGGACAAACAGUUGAUGUGGGUGUGUCAGUGCCAUUUCUGUAUAUACCUAAAGAGGACUCUCUUCUACGAUUUUUAGAUAUAAACAUAGAUUAUAGGCUUGGUAUGUUUUCGUGCAAUCUUAUAUUGUAAACUUAAAAAUAAAGUAGUUGUAAAAAGCUG